AUGGACUACCUACCGGAGCCCAUGGCGCCGCUGCCGGCCAGCGGUAGCGGCCAGCACCACAGCCUGACGCACGGAGGCAACAAUGCCUUCCAUAACUUUGCAAACGACUACUCGCACAUCUCCGACCCCAACCUGAGGCGGCGGCUGGCCCUGUCGGACAUUGACAAGGUGCCCUUUGGGCUGUACCACGUGCGCGCCGUGGCCGUGGCGGGCGUGGGCUUCUUCCUCGACUCGUACGACAUCUUCGCCAUCAACCUGAUCACGACGUUCCUGGGGGUGGUGUUCUGGCAGGGCGCGCCGGCCGCCGCGGCCAACGGCUUCGGUGGCAACUACGGCUCGCUGCCGGGGCCCGUCAGCACCGCGCUCAAAGCAUCCACCAGCGCUGGCAUCGUCGUCGGCCAGCUGCUGUUCGGCUGGCUCGCCGACGUCUGCGGCCGCCGCCGCAUGUACGGCAUCGAGCUGGGCAUCAUCGUGCUGUCGACACUCAACUGCGCGCUGGCGAGCCCGAGCCAGUCCAUGAGCUCAACUGGCCUGCUGGUGUUUUGGAGGGUCAUGAUGGGCAUCGGCAUCGGAGGGGACUAUCCGCUAUCAGCAAUCAUAACAUCCGAAUUCGCGCCGACGCGGUGGCGCGGGGCCAUGAUGGCGGCCGUGUUCUCGAUGCAAGGAAUGGGCCAGCUUGCGUGCGCGGUGGUGGCGCUGAUGGUUACGGCGGCGUUCAAGGACUCAUUCAUCACGGCGGCGGGCGUGGGCAACUGCGACUACGCGUGCCAGGUUGCGGCGGACCGGGCGUGGCGCAUCAUCGUGGCCGUGGGCGCGCUGCCGGCGUGCGUGGCGCUGUACUACCGCAUCACCAUCCCCGAGACGCCGCGCUACACCUUCGACGUGGCCCACGACGUCGAAAAGGCCGACGCCGACAUCAAGGCCUACAUGGCCAACCGCUCCGAGGGCUCCGUCGAUCCCGUGCGCCACGCCCGCGUCAAGCAGGCCGGGCCCUCCCUGGCCAUCCCCUCGGCCUCGUGGCCCGACCUCUACACCUACUUCAGCCAGGGCCGCAACCUGAGGGUCUUGCUGGGCACCACGCUGUCGUGGUUCUUUCUCGACCUCGCCUUUUACGGGCUCGGGCUCAACAACACGGUGGUGCUGAGCGCCAUCGGCUACUCGCACGGCCCGACCCUAUACCAUGCCCUCUACAACAACGCCGUGGGGCUGAUCAUCCUGGCGUGCGCGGGCAGCCUGCCGGGCUACUGGACGGCCGUGGUGACCAUCGACACGGUCGGGCGCAAACCCUUGCAGAUCGGCGGGUUCGCGGUCCUCACAGUACUGUUCUGCCUGCUGGGAUUCCUCAACGCGCGGCUGUCCGAGGUGCCGCUGCUGGUGCUGUACAUCGCCGCGCAGUUCUUCUUCAACCUCGGGCCCAACACCACCACCUUCAUCGUACCGGGCGAGUGCUUCCCCACGCGCUACCGCUCGACCGGCCACGGCCUCUCUGCCGCCAGCGGCAAGAUCGGCGCCAUCCUUGCGCAGGUCAUCUCCACGCCGCUGCUGGCCAACUGCCCCCCGACGGCCGCCGCUGCCGAUUCGCCAUCCUCGGACGGCAGCGACCGCAAGUGCUCGCCCUGGCUCGACCGCCUGAUGCUCAUCUUUGCCUUCUUCAUGCUCUGCGGCACCGCCACGUCGCUGCUGAUCCCCGAGACCAAGGGCGUGACGCUGGAAGAGCUCGCCGGCGAGCGCCCCGUCGGCGGCGGCGGCGGCAGCUGCAGCGACAACAACAACAACAACACCCCAGCCGCGUGGUGGAAGCGGCCAUUCGCCGGCGGCCAGCCAGCGGGCUUCCGCCUAGCCAGGUCGCCGCACAUGGCGGCCGGCGCAGGGCCAGGCGCCACAGGAGGGGCAGGAGGGAAAAACGCGUCGGCGUGGCCCGGCUCCUCCUCCGCUGCCCGGAGCCCGCGCAUGGGCAUCAUGACGAGCCCUGAGCUUGCCGCCAUGCAGUACCAGCAGCAGUUGGAAGAACAGCAGCAAAACAAGAGCGGCGGCAGGGGCUGGGCGGGCCUGAGGCGGAAGAAGAAGAAAGAAGACGGUAAAGGCCACAGCAAAGGGACGACGACGACAUCGAGCGGCGGCGGCGGCGGCAGCAACGUAUCGGCAGCGCUCUUCGCGUCGGGCAGCGGCGGCGGCGCGCCGUCGUCGCCUCCCCCCGCCACUGCCUCCAAAUCCUUCCGGAGUAGUAGUAAUAGCAAUAGCAACGGUUACGAAGCAGGCAGCUACAGCGACGAGCUGCCCAUGGUCGCACACGCCGGCGUGCUGCCGGGAUGGGGUGCCGGAUGGGGUGGCCGCGUGGGUGCCUCGAGCAGCGGUGCUGCUGGUCCUGGUGCCGGGCAGGGACAGCCGCCGUGGAUGGACUCGGUUCGCUUUCAUGACGUGGGGAGUCUGCUGAAGUGA